CCCAAGCUGAAUGACCCGCAAACAAGCCAAGCUCUGUUUCAGGCAGUCAGGAGAGGGGAUUUACCCGCUGUUGAGCAGCUUCUGAGAAGCUCAGCUGAUCCAGAGGUGAAAAACACAUUUGGGUAUACGCCGCUAUGGAUAGCCGUGCAAACUGAACAGCUGGCUCUCAUUCGGCUGCUCCUGCAGUAUGGUGCUGACAGGACAGCAAUGAAUACCUACGGAGAGACGAUAUUGGCUUGGGCA